AUGGAAGGGGCCUUGUUUGGAUGUCAAAGCUCAGUACACACAGCCCCGGAGAACAGUGAUUCCGUGCCCUUCUGCUCCCGGGUCGGUGGUCAUCCCAGCCCCUGCAGGAGCGCGGAGGACGUCAAGCGGCCCUGUGGCAGAGGCAGCGCCCUGCGGGGCCUUCCCCUGGGCGUCUCCCUCGUCCCCCGUGUGCUCCCUGACACCGGCCAUUUCCCCGCCGGCUUCCGUCUCCCCUGGCUUCCAGCCUCGCACUCUUGCCCGCCUGCAGCCGGAAGCGGAAGUGCCGGCCGGAGUCCGCGUGCGCCGGGUCUUCCGGCCUGCGCAGGCGCGCGUCGCGCUCUGGAGGAGGGGCGGGGUCCGAGGGCGGCCGCGGCGCCGCCUCAGGCUGGGGAUGUGGCGCCGCCGCCCGGUUUCUGGGUUCUCCCGGGACCCGCGCCUGGGCGCCCCGAGACGAGGGCGGGCGGGCAGGGCGCUCGGCGGGGCCUCUGCCGUCUGCUGGGCUCCCGCAGCCUCGUGAACCUGCGUCUUCCUCAGGACGGAGAGCUCCCCUCGUGUGCGGUCCUGGCCAUGCUGUCCCGCUGGGGUCGCCGUGGGAGUCCCGCGAUGCUGUCCCUCUGGGGUCGCCGUGGGAGUCCCGCGAUGCUGUCCCGCUGGGGUCGCCGUGGGAGUCCCGCCAGGUUGGGAAGCAGUCUGGCAAGACACUGGAAUCGAAACAUUCCAAGACCACAGGAACUCUCCAGUUUUUCCAGCUUAGUGCCCAGCUUCCCCUGCUGCUGUACACUAAGCAAAACCACUGCCAGGGUAAGUAGCACUGGCGAGGGAGACCAGUGGUUAACAAGCUGUCAGAUUCCAAGGUCACCAGCCCUCAGGGCCAGUUACUGCCUCACUGGUGUCUCUGCACUUCAGUCAGGUUCCUCUGCCCGCAGCAGACCUUGUUCUCCACCAACCUAGGAAUGCUCCAGGGCCAAGAGGC